AUGCGCACCUGCUCAGAAGACCCCCACCUGUGCGGGGCCUCCUGGCUCCUGCGAUUCACCAGCCUCCUCCUCAGUGUCUGCAGCGCUGUGACCCAGAGUCCUGGAGCCCGUGGGUCUGCCCUGGACGAUUCUGGAAACUCCCUUCCUCUGAAGGGGACUCUGGGAGCUUCUGUGUUGUUUCACAUGAUCAAAAAUCCAGAAUUACCUCCAGGAUCCAAGCUGGAGAGUAUUACUUGGGGCAUUAUAAAUCAAAAAAUCUACACACCCGUACUCCAGGUUAGUCCCGGGGGAGAUGUUACACGAUGGGUCAACUUCCAGGACAAGUUCGAGAAGAGGGUCCAUGUGCUCAACACAACGACCCUGAGGUUUGACAACCUGACCCUUGAGGACAGUGGGCUGUACCGGGCUCAAGAGUCCUAUACGGGAGGAAGACAAUAUGACCAGGAUUUCCACCUAAUGGUCUACGAGCCUGUGCCCCUUCCCCAGAUCCAGGCCACGGUUCUGUCCCUCACACCAGGCUGGUGCAAUAUCACCAUGGAGUGUAACACCACGGAAACCAGGGAGGACCUGACUGUGUCCUGGGAGAGCGAGUGUCUCCCCAGGGAGCUGGAGCAGAGACCGGCCCCAGGACCAUCCCCCAACCCCUGGACACUGGCUGAGAACCUGCCCCUGAGCCGGCCCAGCCCCAGCCUCACCUGUGUGGUCAGCAACGAAGGGGACCGGAAAACUGUCACCCUGGACCUUGGGGACAUCUGUGGCCAUAAAACAGAACCACAAGGACAGACCAGUGCUGCCCACUUGCCCAGUAUCCUGGUGCCUGUUGUGGUCAUGCUGCUGAUCCUCGGAGCUGGACUGUACCUUUGGAAGAGACGUGGGAAAAAGAACGUGGAGCCUGGGAGAGGCAGGGAUAGGAUCUCAGGAGAGCCCAGGGACCCGGAUGGUGGCAUCCACUAUGCAGAGCUGAGCCACCAGGGGUCCAGAGACCACAGGGACAAGGAUGGUCCCCACCUUCCCCCUCAUCUGUACGACAUCAAACAGCUUUCAGACCCUCAGCCUCUGGGACAAGCCGUGGAGAAUCACAACAUCCCCCCGGGCCCGUCGUGA